UCUAAGAGCGCCAGCUUCGCAAAACCGCGACGACCACUUGGCGUGAUGCGUCUAUGCCAGUGGGGGGGGGGGGGGGUCGGCGGUUAUGUUUUUUUGUUGUUUGUUUCAACCUCUCCCCCGGGAUAUCGUGAGACAGCCGUCGCCAAAUGUCCCCCGCGGACGUUAAGGCCGCGCAUUUUUUCCGCGAAUUAAGAAGGUCGCGUUCCGGCCAGCCGCGCCGCGCAUUUUGCCUCCGUUCGCACUUCGAGGGGCGACGGCGAUGCGGCCGUGACCGGCCUGCGACGCGCGAAUGCGGCCGCGGCAAUUCGGCGCGCAACACAAAACAAACAAACAAAAGGAGCCGCGUGCAGAGGGAGCGGUCCACGAAGGCGCCGCGUUUGCGUGAAGGUUUAGGAGGCGGCGGGAACGCUGCUGCUGCUGCCCCUGACUGCCGCGGUCGGUCCACGCCGUCGAGCGCGCUUCCACAUCGCCGUGUGUGACGGUAACCGAGUGGCAUGCAGCAGGUGAGAAAGAAAGAAAGACGCGUACCAGGACGAUGAAGAGACGUUGCCAAAGGUAUCCGUGAAAGCCAUUGACGCUCGCAGGGACUUGCAAAGUGCCAUCUGUAGGACAAACGUCGCGUCGGUGCUGAGAAUGGGAUUGAGCUAUUCGCGUGGCAAGUCUCCGGCUUUAUCCGCAAGGGCCCUACGAAAGGAGCUCAAAUACGUCCACCGGCUCGUCUCUCUCAGCCUGGAGGGGCUGGACCUCACGGAGUUGCCGUCCUCUCUCUUCGAGCUCAGGGAAGUGCAAAAACUCGGCCUCUGGCGCAACCGACUGACGACGAUGCCGUCUGCCACGGGCCGCCUGGAGAACCUCGUGGUAUUGGGGCUCGACGGAAACAAUCUGAUCGCCUUCCCCGCCGAGAUCGGCAUGCUGAGGAAGCUCAAGGCGCUGUUCGCGAACAGGAAUCGCCUCGUGGAGGUGCCGCGCGAGCUCGCAAAGUGCCAGAGUCUUGAGGUGCUCAGCCUUUCCAGCAACUCGCUGAGAUCCCUGCCAGACGAGCUGGUGGCGCUCAGGAGGUUGCGCAAGCUGAACCUGAGCGUGAACGCCCUCGCUCGUGUCCCCCGCUGCGUCGUCUACAUGAAAGCGUUGACGUUCCUCGAUGUGUCUUCAAACGACAUCGCGAGCCUUCCGGACAGCGUUCGGGAGCUGCAAAGGCUGGAGACUUUGAGCGCCGAGAGGAACAGACUCGAGGCCCUGCCCGCCUCCAUCUGCGAGAUAACCCGUCUGGAGACACUCAACGUGGACUACAACCAGAUCCGGACUGUCCCCGUAGACCUGGAUCAACUGGUCCGCCUGCCCAGGAUCGCCAACCACCCAGUCGACAGAGGGCUUCACAUUCGGAACAACCCGCUGGCGGACCCCUUACCCGCGGUGGUGGACAAAGGGCUUCUUGCCCUCUUCGAUUGCCUGGAAGGGUGGCGCAAGCUGAGACAGCUGCAGUCAAAGAGCAUCUCGCAGCUAUCUACGACGGGCUAUUGAGACGAGGGCAUUUACGCACCAGCGACGGACUCAUUGAGGACGUUGACGAGAACAACGGGAGUUUAUUUGCACGUUGCAAUCGACGCGUCGUAACACGUACACGUCUAGCAGGAGGAGGCGAAGCGAUGGCGAGGUGUAGGUGGAUGGAAUUGUGGUGAUGGCCUAUUGACUUUUCCAAUAUAAACGCUAUUUUUACACGGCGAUCUUUAAUUUUAAACCAUCUGUCACACGCACUCGAUUUAUGUUAAAUGUGUUGUGUUUAAGCAUGUGGGCUAUGAAUAUUCCUUUACUUACCUUGUAGGGGUUCCAUAAAGAGCGCGUGUGAAAUGAACACUUGUGCUUUAAUGAAUAAAACAUAGAAUAAUAACAACGUAGAAUUGCUUGCACAGGGAAGCCUGCAGGGUCCUACAUUGAAACAUUUGGCCAAUUCCAUUCACGAGCGUUCGGCUUCGUGUGGGAAGCAACUCGCCGCGCGUGAGAAGGGUGACGACCUGACCACUUCCCACCUCCUAACAACCUCGCAAGAGCCCAGCGCACACAACACUUGGCAAGCCAUUGCGGGCAUCCAUCCAAGUCCUGAGUUAGACUCACGGCACCGCUUCGCUGCCGAGAUCUAACGAGCUCGGGACGCAUUGACGGCAAAUUUGUCGCAGUCGCCACGCUGCUUUAUCGGGGUAUAGCACCUCGCAAUGAAUGUAAACAUAGGAGGUCGUUGUGGGGAAUAUCUAUACAUGUUCUUAGGUUUUUUCGGUAAAGUCACGUAGGUAAUUUUUUUUUAUUAAAAUUAAUAAAAGUAAUACAAUGGCCACCUUAAUCUGCUGCUGCUGCUGCGCUGUUGUAGAUCAAUGCACGGUUUGCUGUGGCGUGGUUUGCGGCAGGCGUACGGCGUCGAUUCGACAUUCGGCUUCAAAUGCUUUCGAGCUCGCCACGGGCUCGACUGCAAGUCGUUGCAAAUGGGAACGGUCGCUCCACGACACGGCAGAUGUCCGCGUGCGGUUGCCUUCGCGAGUUGCCCACGCGAUGUUCAUACGAGCUACCGACGAUUAAUCACAGCAAACACUAUCUACGUGAUUUAACAACGGCAAAAAAAACAC